AUGGGAGCUUCUGAGGCGGAGGACUUGGCAGGAACGGAUGGGCUGGACGACGCGGACGAGUGGUCGGAGGGCGACCUCAGCGAGGAGGACGACGACGAGAGCGAGUGGACCGUGUGGGAGCGCGCCUGUCGCGAGGGCGAGCAGUACUUGCCGCCGCUGGUGCUCAGGGGCCUGAUGCCAGAGUGCCUGGUGGAGCAGUGGCGCUUCUACCAGGCCAACGCCUGGCCGAACCGCACCAUCCGUGGCUACCCGCUGACGCCGGAAGGCGACGAAGAGCCCGGGCAGCCCACCCGCUUCCUGGACGUGCAGCUCGUCAAGUGCGGGAGCGUGCCGUCCACGCAGGUGCGCGGCUGGUCUGCGCUGAUCGCGCAGCACCAGGCGCACCAGAGGCCCCUCUUCCUCCUCAACCUGCUGUACGCGGCGGAAGGCACACCACUGCACUCCCUCUCCCGCCUGCUGACUCGUCUGGACGACCUCUCGCACGUCCUGGCCUGGACUCGGGCCGACCCUCGCAAGGCUGAGCCGGGGACGCAGCCCUCCAUCGACCUCGUGGAGCUCCCCCGUCUGGGGGUGUCCUUCCGGUGCGAGCAGGUGGGCGGGGUCAUGCGUCUCUGCUGCCUCGACUAUGGUGGCCUGUUCGUGCCCAACGGGCCGCCGACCUCACUCAGGUCGGAGGCAUGGAAGUUGCUUGUGCAGAUGCCCCAUGCCAUCCUGUUGCAGAACGAGAACUCGGAGUUCAGCGUCCUGACACCCAACGUCAAGCCGGUUCGACCGAUUGUUCAGGAGGACCCUUUCUCGACAGAGCUGGUCUUGGCCAGGAGCGACAAGCCCUGGCAGACCGCCGCAAGGAACAAGACCUUCCUGUAUGCCGUCCACCCCACGCUUCGCUUUCUGCAGCCUGCUACGCAAACGGGGGCUUUGUACCUGCUCCUGAUGGAGUGGCUCCACCGAAGGCACGGCUCGGCGGCCGCGCUCGUCUCUUCCAUCUCCACGGACGACAAGUUGGACUCGAGUGCGAACCAGAUCUACGAGCACUUUGGACACAUCGCGGAACCGCACCCCGACACGCACGCGCUCAGACUGCAGGUGUCUCUGGCCCUGCGGAACGUUCCAGGACUCGAGAAGCAGUGGGACAUUGCCUCGGAGAUGGUUGGCUACCUCAAUAAGCUGUCGCAGGUGAGCGCUCGCUGCCGCCUGGGCGAGUCGGAGGAGGCAUGGGCACUGAAGCUGUGCCGCAGCGAGCGCGACAGGCGCGAGCUGAUCCGCGCGGAGGUGAAAGCGCUGACCUCAAAGUCGUACAGCGCGCUGACGAUGACCACCGUGAAGAUCUGGCACAAGAUCCUGACGGACGCGGAGUAUGCGCUCGAGGCGCCAGCUGGCGAGGUGCGCGAGUUGGAGGAUUGGAUCAAGCAUCUGCGCCGCAAGCUCCGUGCCGCGCAGUUGCCGGGUACCAACGAGGAGAUCCGGGCGGUACUCGCCGACGUGCUCGAGCCGAUGUACACGAGGUGGACCUUUGGCGAGGAGGACCCCUCGCAGGUCUUGUCCCUUGAGAAUCGCGAGGCCUACCUUGAGGCGCUCCACGACCCCUCGCAGCGGCCGCUGUACCUCGCAGCUCCCAAGCGGCCGGAGGAGACAAAAUGGCAGACCCACCUGGACGAGAAUGCCCUCGUCUGCUCCCUGUACGACAUCCUCUUUGAGGUGUUAGGGGCCGAGCACCUGCACCGCCCCGAGGGUGAUGAGGAGGCCGACAACGCGCAGGGCCCCGACAUUCCGCUCAUGCGGCGCCUCAGCCUCCCGCUGGCCAUGGAGGAGGGGUUCAAGCUGCUGAUGGGUGGCGAGUCCAUUCGGGACGCGCCCACGUGGGCACUGCUCUACUCCAUCUUCACGCGAAGCCUCUCUGUGCGCCUCAGCCGCUCGAAGGAGGUCAACCCGCAGCACCAGCACACCUUCGGGUUGAUGCUGCUCCACCUCACCCGGGGCUCGCGCUUCCCCGGGUACCUGGUGUCGAUACUCCACAUCAUGGCGCAGAACCCGGAGAUCUGCGCCCAGCUGCCGCAGUUGACCAAGCCGAAGAAGGUCCGCCUCGUCAAGCAGUGGAAGGCGAAGCUCGCCCAGCUGCAGAAGUCCCUCCACGACGCGGCCUACGGGAACCAGCUCUCGUGGCCGCCGCAGCCGAAGGACUUCUUCGAGCUGCCCAGCCCGAUCCUCUGCGAGGUGGGGCCGCAGCUGUUCGCGCAGCCCCCGAAGGACCUCGGCGCCCUCAACCCCGUCCUCGUCUUCGGCCUGAAGGACUGCAACGCCAUGAUGGCGAGGCGGCCAGUGAUCUCCGGCUUGAGUUGCCCCGAGCGCAUCCUGCGCCCCUCCAAGGCCUGCAGCGUCGGAGAGGACCUGGAGGCCCUUGCCUCGCAGCCGCUGAGAAACAUCUGUAAGAGGCACCUGCUCUACGAGGGCAGCCAGGACAAGGUAGGCGACAGCCUCCCCUUCGACCUCGACGACCACCCUGCGAUGAAGCACGCGGUGGCCCAGGGCAUGAUCGUGAGGCUGGUGAAGGAGAUGAAGCAGUACGCCAGCAUGCGCAACACGGAGCGCUACCCGCUCCUGUUGGAGCUCGACGUCGAGGGCGUGGUCGCCGACGCUCCGGGCAAGCAGCAGGCGGCCGCGCAGCAGCUGACCGCGGUCAAGCAGGCCCUGGAGGCGCGCAAAACGGAGGACGAGCGGCUGCUGGCGCAGCUGAUCGACAAGCUCUUCAUCUCUGUCGACACGUUGCCGAGCCUCGGAGAGGACACUGGUGACCCCGACCAGCUGCGCUUCUGGCUUCUGCGGACCUCCGAGCACGAGACCCGCAUGUGGUUCGAGCUGCUUUGCCGUUCGCUGCUGAGCCCGGACAUCGUGGGUGACUUCCGACGCUUCAACCCCUUCCUCACAGAGGACGAGGUGGAGGAGCUGAUGCGGAUCGUGAUGCACAUGAUGCUCAUCACGUCCAGGCGCAACCAGACGGGCAGGGCGCUCGACAACUGCCGCGACCUGGCGCGCAUGCUGGAGGAGGGGGCUGGCGACCGCACGGCCGCGGCCCGCCGGGCGGGCCUCCUGGAGAAGGCCAGCCUGCUGUGCAGCUCCCUGGCGGCGGUGCGCACCUACGUGAGGGACGGCGCGGCCUUCGACCCGAGGUUCAUGGUGUUCGAGUUUGUCACAGGCUUCCUCCUCCGGCCCAGGCAGGUGGAGAUGGUACAGGAGUUCUUGAACACUAUCAGGGGCAACAGCAGCGCGGUAAAGCAGAUGAUCAUGGGCCAGGGGAAGACAACAGUUGUCACCCCGCUUCUCGCGCUCGUGCUCGCCGACACCACACAGCUGGUGUGCGUGAUCGUGCCGCAGGCCCUGUUGGAAUUUUCGCGUUCGGUGCUGCGCAGCGUCUUCUCCUCUGUGCUGCAGAAGCAGGUCUCCACCUUUCGGUGCGACCGCGCAGUGGAUCUCGACGUGAACCUGUCCGCUCACGUGGGCCUCGUCAAGGAGAAGGGAGACCUCAUCGUCACCACCCCGGGAGAUAUCAAAUCGCUGGUGCUGCGCUUCCUCGAGCAGCUUGAGGUGGUGAGUGACCGGAGGGCCAAGCGGAACACCCCACAGCUCCGGCGCGAAACCCUCGAGAUGGGCAAGGUACUGGAGCUCCUGCGGAGGGAGAGCGUGUGCAUGAUCGACGAGGUGGACAUGGUGCUGCACCCGUUGAAAUCCGAGCUGAAUUUCCCCACGGGCCCGAAGUCCUUGAUCCACCACGCCCCCGAGCGCUGGAGGCUGCCACUGCACAUCUUGGAAGGCUUCUUUGCUGCAGAGAACUCCUCGGCGAUCCCCCCGCAGCUUAAGGAAUCGCACGCCGCGAUGGUCAUCCUUGGCGAACUCUCCCAGAUCAUUCGGCACGGCUCCGAGCAGCGGCUCCUGCAGAAGAACCCGCACCUGAUCUUGUUGAACGACGACUUCUACCAUGACCGAAUGAAGGGCAUUCUUUGCCAGUGGCUUGGCAUCUGGCUUACCAGCGAACACGUCGCUAGGGUGUUCGAGGUUGGCUACACGCCAGAGGACCGGGGACUGUCCGAGGACGAGAUAACUGCUUACCUCAUCUUCCGCACAAACCCACUGAAGGCGGUCGUUACGGGCACCCUCGAGCAGUGGAGGGCAUGGACUCCAGAAGCUUCGUGGUUGUGGGAUCUUGUUCGCAGCCAGGCUGUGAAUUCCAAAGCUUCUGGCGACUUCGACCCAGAGUGGAUCCCGAAAGACCACAAGGGGUACACCACACGCACCUCGUAUGCCGCAGCCAUCAAAGCCUCGAGCGGUGAUUCUGUGAGCGUCGAACUGAUCGAGACGCCCCAGGGGCUGCAGCAGCGGCUGGAACGCGUGGACCGGCUACCAGCCAAGGACGUGCAAACUCUCAAUUUGGGAGCCGAGUGGCUGUCUACCUUCCUUCCGCACUGCUUGCAGAAGAUUGACCGUGUGACUUUCGGGAUCAUGACGGAUGACCAGGUCAAGGCCGCCCUCGACGAGCAGCCCCUCAUGCCACUCACGCGCGCAAAGUUGGCGAUUCCGUUCAUCGGCAAGGACGUGCCCUCCCCCUGCUCCGAGUUCGCGCAUCCAGACAUAGUGCUAGGCCUCACGUCCUUUGCGUACCGCUACGAGGGCCUGCGCCACAGCGACUUCGACGAGGUGAUGGCCGUGCUCGCCGAGCGGCUGGACAACGAAGGGGGCAGCUCUCCCCUGGACCGGCCGACCGCCAUGCGCUGGAAGGCGUGGGUGGAGGAGGCAGGUGCGGUUUUCUGCGUGAAGCAGCGCGAGAUGGACGACAUGACCGCAGAUGAGCAGCUCAAGGAGGAUCCUCGCGCUGACACCCGCGCGCGUGUGCUUCCUCUUCACCUGCUCGAGAAGACGAACAAGCCCCAAAUGGAGCGCCUCUUCCAGCUCUUCCGCAAGCUGCCCUCAGCGGUGCACUUCCACCUUGAGGUGAAUAUCUUCCCUAAUUUCAUGCGUUUCCAGGAGCAAAAGUUUUCCGCUUCAGGCCAAGAGCUCGGAGGCAGCAUCCUCUUCAAGCAGCGGCUGGGCUUCUCGGGAACUCCAAGCGAGCUCCUGCCGCUGGAGCUUGGCAAAUGCGAAUACGAGCCAGGUAGCGAAGGCGAAGUGGUGCACACGCUGACAUCGACCAGCUUCGUGUCCUUUCAGCACAUGAACUCCGACUGGACAGUCGAGGCACUGCUGGACGCGGUUGUCGCUGCGGCCCAGCGCGGGGAGUGCCAGGCCCUCAUUGACACAGGGGCUCUCAUCACUGGCCUCACCAACAAGGAGGUAGCAGAGCACCUGCUCGGCUUCCGCAAGCGCGUAGAUGGAUCCACGCCGCUGACCCUACCAGAGACAGUGGACGGUGUCGUCUUCAUUGAGGAGGAUGGCGCCAAGAAGAUCUUGCUCCGGCAGACGCGUGAGGUGGUGAAGUUAGCGGACAGUGGGGUGCCAGUCACUUCCAGGUUUUGCUUCUACGAUCAAAUCCACACCACCGGCAUGGACAUUCAGCACCGUCUGGACGCCGUGGCAGCCCUGACGUUGGGAAAGGACAUGGUUUGGCGUGACUUCGCGCAGGGCGCCUAUCGCAUGCGCGGUAUAGGGCGGGUCGGCGGAUUUGCUUAUACAUCAUCCCAGAGAUCCAGGAACUGA